AUGUCCCCGGUGCCCUUGCCCUGUGACAGGCUCUGGUAUCUCCCGUCCCGCAGCCGCUUUGCAGUGGGGAGGUGGGGCCGGCCCCGGCGGCUGCCGCUCAGCCGUGCCGCGUGGCUGGGCCCCCAUGCGGUUGCUGGCGGCUGGCUGGACUUUGCUGCAGUAGUCGUUGUGGACCUGCACACUCUCCUUCAUGAACGCCUCAUCUGUUAUGCUCGAGACUUCGCCCCGCCCUCGAGCGGCGUGGCGCGAGGCGCCCGCCUGGAGGCGCUGUGCUGCCCGGAGGGGAGGGGCACACGUGGCUACACCUCUCUUGCCUGCGGGGCGGCGGCUCUGUGGCAGGGGGGCGGGGGGCCGGGGGCCGGGCCCGCACGGAAGCGAUGGAUGUUCGCGGGAGGAGGCGGCGGGCGGGCCGGCCGGUCUCAGCAAGCCGGCAAGACCGUCCCCGGCCAUUACGAUCCCCGUCAGCCUCGCAGAGGUAGUCCUCAGACACUUCAACAGCUUCACAUGAAUCUGGAAAAUUCUGACAGUAAUACUUACCAGAGUAUUCAGCAGAUGAGAAAUGCAAUGGAAAGAGAGAUAAAGAGUGAGAGAACAAGAGGAAAUGGUAGAGAAUUAGCAUUUACCCUCAUGCCAUUGUAUGCACUUGGAGUGGGAGUGUUUGCAGCAUACAAAUUUCUUAAGAUGAAGUCACAUGAAGAAAGUCUCUCCAAAAAGGAAAAAAGUACAGAAGAUAAGGCAAAGGAAACUGAACAUCAGCUUUUGGAACUAGAGAAGCAUCUAGCACAGACAGAGAAAAUGUUAAAUUCUUUAUUGACUCAGUUGGAUCCAUUGUCAAACUGUGUUAAUGCUUUAGCUUGUGAGCAGAAAGACGAAAUAAUGACACAGCUCCAAUCAAUUAGACGAUUGAUGAAAGAAAGCAGGUUGGAUAAAUCAGACGACAAGAUGAAAGAUGUCGGCCACAUUUGUAAUGAGAAACUUGAAGAUCUCAUUCAGUCAUUCACAGAACAUUCUCAGGAGAAAGAUGACAGAGAAGAUGACUGCAAUGAAGAUUCAUGUGAGGAAGUUGAUAAUGAUUAUAAAAUGGAAGACCAUGAAUUAUGUGAUGAAUGUGAAGUACAUCAGUUUGAGCCAGAUAUGGUAGAAGACCAAGAAAUUAUAAACAAAGACACCACUGAGUCAGAAGAGGUGGGAUUGAGGAGACGUAAUAGAUAUGAAUGAAAUCUGCAUAAGUAAAACUUUCAGAAACUUAGGAUUUUUUUUUAUAAUGUUGUGUGCACUUUAAACUGUUUGGAAUAAGGUUAUGUGAACUGGUAUAUGCUUUAAAAAGUGAAAUACUAUCUGUGCUUUCUCUAUGACAGUUCUGUAUCUGACUUCAGUGGCAACAGAAUUUCACUCAGAAUGUUUACAUACUUUUUCUAUUUAUUUUUUCCUAUAAAAAUAUUUCUGUACACUGUACAUAAUACACUGUAAUUAUAUCUGAUGCUUCACUAAAGUACUAGAAUAUCUUGUAAUUAAGACUAUAAAACCGAGAUGUUCCUUAAGUGUUUUGUAACUAGUGAGCAUGGUGCCACUGGAACUGUUGACUCUUGAGUUCAUUAAAGAAUAU